GAUUGGCUCUUGGUACAAGGAAGCAAACAGUUGAUUGGUUCAUUGUAAAAAACCCGGCAGAAGACAAGAGUGGACGAACAAAAAUAACACAGGAGCCGCUGGAAUAGCAACUGUUUAUUUGCCAGGAGCCCAGUGAUAAAGGAACCAUGGUUGAUCCGAUGGAGAAUGGCUUGUUUGACAUUCCUGACUAUGACAACACAGAUGACGAGACCUUUCCUCCUCUCCCCCCUCCCUUCUCACCAGGAGAGGGAGGAGAUCCUUUUACAGGGGAGGAGGGAGGAGAGAUCUCCAAGCUGGCCGAAGUCCCUGUUGCCAAGAGGAGAGGCGUCAAGAGACCACAGCCGAAACUGGACUCUCAGAGGCUGACAUCAGAAAGAGGACUUCCGGCUCUUCGCAACCUGUUUGACAACGUUCAUUUCAAAGGCAAAGGACACGAGGCUGAGGACUUGCGGGUGCUGAUGCAGAGGAUGGAGAACUGGGCUCACAGGCUGUACCCCAAACUACAGUUCGAAGACUUCAUAGACAAACUGGAGACGCUGGGCAGCAAGAAAGAAGUCCAGACGUGUCUCAAGAGAAUACGGUUGGACAUGCCACUAACACAUGAAGACUUCAUAGGAGACGACGGUGAGGACGACACCGCGGCGUCGAGAGACGGACGUGUCGUCAACCAUGACGACCCAGACCCGUUUGGAGACGGAGGUUUCGCUGAAGACCCCCCAGGACGGGUUCCCUCUACCCCAGCCCCCUCCCUGUUCCCUUCCUCCCAGGCUGGCCCGGUCCACUCCACCCCAGCCCCCUCCCUGACAGAGGAACAGCAGAGACGCAUAGAACUCAACAAACGGCUUGCCUUAGAGAGGAGACUGGCCCGCAUGCAGCAACACACAGAUGGCUCCCAGGAGAUGGCCUCCAGCCAGUCAGCAGACAGACCAUCUACCUCCCAGUCCCAGGAGAUGGCCUCCAGCCAGUCAGCAGACAGACCAUCUACCUCCCAGUCCCAGGAGAUGGCCUCCAGCCAGUCAGCAGACAGACCAUCUCCCUCCCAGUCCCAGGAGAUGGCCUCCAGCCAGUCAGCAGACAGACCAUCUACCUCCCAGUCCCAGGAGAUGGCCUCCAGCCAGUCAGCAGACAGACCAUCUACCUCCCAGUCCCAGGAGAUGGCCUCCAGCCAGUCAGCAGACGGACCAUCUACCUCCCAGUCCCAGGAGAUGGCCUCCAGCCAGUCAGCAGACAGACCAUCUACCUCCCAGUCCCAGGAGAUGGCCUCCAGCCAGUCAGCAGACAGACCAUCUACCUCCCAGUCCCAGGAGAUGGCCUCCAGCCAGUCAGCAGACAGACCAUCUACCUCCCAGUCCCAGGAGAUGGCCUCCAGCCAGUCAGCAGACAGACCAUCUACCUCCCAGUCCCAGGAGAUGGCCUCCAGCCAGUCAGCAGACAGACCAUCUACCUCCCAGUCCCAGGAGAUGGCCUCCAGCCAGUCAGCAGACAGACCAUCUACCUCCCAGUCCCAGGAGAUGGCCUCCAGCCAGUCAGCAGACAGACCAUCUACCUCCCAGUCCCAGGAGAUGGCCUCCAGCCAGUCAGCAGACAGACCAUCUACCUCCCAGUCCCAGGAGAUGGCCUCCAGCCAGUCAGCAGACAGACCAUCUACCUCCCAGUCCCAGGAGAUGGCCUCCAGCCAGUCAGCAGACAGACCAUCUACCUCCCAGUCCCAGGAGAUGGCCUCCAGCCAGUCAGCAGACAGACCAUCUACCUCCCAGUCCCAGGAGAUGGCCUCCAGCCAGUCAGCAGACAGACCAUCUACCUCCCAGUCCCAGGAGAUGGCCUCCAGCCAGUCAGCAGACAGACCAUCUACCUCCCAGUCCCAGGAGAUGGCCACCCAGUCAGCAGACGGACCAUCUACCUCCCAGUCCCAGGAGAUGGCCACCCAGUCAGCAGAUGGACCCUCUCCCUCCCAGUCCCAGGAGAUGGCCACACAGUCAGCAGACGGACACUCUACCUCCCAGUCCCAGGAGAUGGCCACCCAGUCAGCAGACAGACCAUCUACCUCCCAGUCCCAGGAGAUGGCCACCCAGUCAGCAGACAGACCAUCUACCUCCCAGUCCCAGGAGAUGGCCACCCAGUCAGCAGACGGACACUCUACCUCCCAGGAGAUGGCCACCCAGUCAGCAGACAGACCAUCUACCUCCCAGUCCCAGGAGAUGGCCACACAGUCAGCAGACGAACACUCUACCUCCCAGUCCCAGGAGAUGGCCACCCAGUCAGCAGACAGACCAUCUACCUCCCAGUCCCAGGAGAUGGCCACACAGUCAGCAGACGGACAUUCUACCUCCCAGUCCCAGGAGAUGGCCACACAGUCAGCAGACGGACACUCCACCAGGUCCUCCUCACACCCCUUCCCCAGCCAGCAGCAGCAGGAUGGGGAGGAUGAAGACCUGUACCAGGGAGACCCAGAGGACAAGGGCCAGAGCAGGCCAGACCACUCCAGGGACAGAGCUCUAAACACGGCUCCCCCUGCUGAGGCUGACUCCCUGGUGUGUGAGGGAGCAGUAGCCAGCCCUGUUCCUGAGAUGAGCAACGACAGCAGGGCCUGAGACACACACACAACCGCUGACUCCCUGGUGUGUGAGGGAGCAGUAGCCAGCCCUGUUCCUGUGAUGGGCAACGAUAGCAGGGCCUGAGACACACAGAACCGCUGACUCCCUGGUGUGUGAGGGAGCAGUAGCCAGCCCUGUUCCUGAGAUGAGCAACGACAGCAGGGCCUGAGACACACACAGAACCGCUGACUCCCUGGUGUGUGAGGGAGCAGUAGCCAGCCCUGUUCCUGAGAUGAGCAACGACAGCAGGGCAUGAGACACACACAGAACCGCUCACCCCCUCCACAUCCAUGGCUCCAACUGUCAGCAUACAUACUCACCCAGCACCAAGGGACGCUGUCUUCUAGGACUGACAACUCAUCUGAGGAUGUUUUCUCUCUGUUCAAGUACAUUUUCAAUUAAGUUUCUACAAAUCUAAAACAUCUCAUGUGUUGUCAACCAUUUUUACUCUUUAAUAAAUGUUGCCGUAUGGGCCAAACAUCCUGUUGUGGA